CAGACACUGAGUUCCCUGCAACAAGUCUCCCCUUCUCAGGCUCUUUGCAGUGAAGAAGCGAGUUGUUGCUUGUGAGGAGGUGAUAGGUGGGGAUGGUAGUAGGGCUAAGGUAGUGCAGGGGCAGUGAGCUUCCGCCCGGGGAUUUCGUUGUUUUCUACGUCAUAUGGUCCAUUCACAACAUGUGAUUGAAUCAGCAACUAUGAGUAUGCCUUUCUCAGCCCACAGUUCCUUGCUGGAUAAAUUGUCAUGUGUGGCCAUAAUCAAACAGGAGAAUUUGUUGAGUUUCAAGGCGCUGUUGUUCCUCCUCAAAGCCAGAGAUCACCAUCCCCCUUCGAACUUGGUAGCCACGGGCAUGGAUGCGAUUCACAUAGGCCUCGUGAGCCGUGCGAUUGUUUUGAACUUCUUGAGCACCCGUUAUAUGACGCUGAGCGGUUCGUCGCAAACACUCGUCUAUAUGACGAUAUUGUGGUCUGUAAUGAAAAUCGAGACAAGGCGAGAGAUACUAGGAAAGGGAGCAGUGACAACUGCAGACAGUGAACAAGUCGCAGAUUCCUGACAGAGGACUUCUCAUUGUCGAUUCGUGAACUCGGA